AGAGGAGGAGCUCUCGCGCGUAAUCUGGAAGUGGCGGUUGUUUCAGUAUGGCGUCUGUUGCUGAGGGCGCAAAUGGCGAUGGAUUUUACUGGAUUCAUGACAAAUCAGAUGAAGAGCAGCAGCCCAUGGUUUUUGUUACAGGGAUGAGCAAGAAUGCUGUUCUGAAGGUUGGGUCUGCAAAUAAUACAGAGGGAAAGAUAAAAAUGAGAGCUAGCGGCAUGGAUAAAAGUAGGAAAAAAACUGGAUUGUAUUCGGCAAUGCAAAGUGCUGAGAUGGUGGUGGGUAAAGCUUCAGAUCAGAAGCUGCCUUCUGUUGUAGCCAAAUCCAAGAUCACUACACCUGCACCAGAACCAGACCUGCCUCCUCUCACUUCAGCUCAGACUCUCUUCAGCACUGCUCAAGCCAGAAGUAAGCCAUCAUUGAAGGAUCUCUGCCCAGAGGACAAGCGUCGGAUUGCAAAUCUCAUCCAGGAGCUGGCCAGAGUUAGUGAAGAAAAAGAGGAAUCUGUACAGAAACUCAGGGAUGAACAGGAGACGUUUGAGAAAAAAAUCCAACAUCUAGAGCAACAAAACCAACUCAUCAUACAAGAGAGAGAAAGCCUGCAGCAGCAGUACCGAGAGUGUCAGGAGCUGCUGGGACUCUAUCAGCAGUACCUCUCCCAACAGCAAGAGAAACUCAACAAGUCUAUCACCCUGCUCAAUCAGUCCUGCUCCCACAGCAAGUCUGAACCCAAGUUCUCUCAUCAGUGCCACAGAAUGGAUAAUGACAGCGUGUGUGGUGCUAAUCGAACUGGUCUAGCGCCACCACCUGGUCGGGAGAACUGGGAGGAGAAACAACGAUGUCUGCUCCUGCAGAAGAAACAGCUGGAGAUGGAGAGGGAGAGAAUUCGAGCUCGGUUGGCUCAACAGGAAGAGAAACUUUUGCUUCAGAACCAGCAGCUCCGCCAGUCAUACCUUCAGUACAGCAAGUGUAUCUCUAAUUUUCUCCCUGCAGAGAUCUCCAUUACCAAGAAGGAUAUGGCCACCUCUCCUGUGGUUCCACAAAGCAUCCGGACAUCUGCUCUUCCUCCUCUUGGCCUUCUCAGCACUCCACUGGCUUCCAGGUUGGACGACUCUUUGAUUGAGCUGUUGGACAUUUUCAGCCCUGCAUCCAACCUAGAAAGGUACCGAAUCAAUCAGUCAUCACGGAUGAGUUCCGUUGCCCCUCAGUCCUCUCAGAAGACCCUUCUCUCUCAUUUUGGCCCCAGUCGGUCCUCUCUGCAAGACCUGGAGGAGAGUGAGAUCUUCGAAGACAUCUUUUUCAUCUGUUGAAGAGUUAUAAAGGCGAUUCAGGUUGAUUGUUGGAAUAACUGGAUUUGAAUGAUCAUUAAUUAUUCAUGAGCUCCUAAUUCUGCCUUUUAAAUGUGUUUAGUGUCUUGAA